AUGGCCAUCCAUGAGUUUCUAUUAAAAGUUUUGGUGCUUGGGAUCAUCAUAUCGGGUCCAUACCACAGUCACGCAGCAGAAACUGAUUAUUCAAUCACGAAGCCUGGAUGCCAAAGUUCCUGCGGAAACCUCUUGAUUCCAUACCCCUUUGGAUUGAGCGACAGCACCUCUGACUGCCACUUCAAUCUCCCAUCCUUUAUUGUCGAUUGUGACUACUCCACUGACCCUCCUACACCUUACAUGGAGAACAAAAGUUCUAACUUGCAAAUAAGCGGGAUUUCCGUUGAGGAUCAUGAGAUGCGAAUAUCACAUUGGGUCGGUCAAGACUGUUUUAACUCUUCCGGAUACGAUGAGUCUUCAAGCUUUUAUCCAUGGCUCACCCUAGCUAAAUUCCCCAUAUCCAGCACCAAGAACAAGUUCACCGUGGUCGGUUGCGACACGUUGGCCUACUUCCAAGACGGCGGUGAGAAAUUCACUUUUGGGUGUGUCUCUUUGUGCAGCAACAUUACGAAUGUGAGUAACGGGUCAUGUUCCGGUAUUGGAUGUUGCGAGACGAGCAUCCCUACAGACUCCUUAAACUACCAAAUCUCCUUUCAGAGCUUUUACAAUCAUACCUACGUCCUGGAUUUCAAUCCUUGUAGCUAUGCCUUCGUCGCCGAAAUUGGAUCCUACAACUUCUCAGUUGGCGACCUUAAGCAGAUUAAAUCUGACAGGUCCACUCUACUUCUCGAGUGGGCAAUAGGGGAUCAAACUUGCGAAGACGCCAGGAAGAACCCCGCAAGCUACAUGUGCACUGACAACACCAAAUGCACCGACGCCAAAGACGGCUCCGGGUACAAGUGCACCUGUUUAGAAGGUUACCGAGGCAAUCCUUACCUAGCGAAUGGUUGUCAUGAUAUUGAUGAAUGUGCGGAUCCAGAGAAGUACCCAUGUGAGGGAAAGUGCAAUAAUAUUGAGGGGAAUUAUACAUGUUUAUGCCCAAAGGGUUAUCAUGGUUAUGGCAAGAAACGCGGUGAAGAUGGACAAGGAUGCAUUGCUAAUCCAUCAUACUUGAUGAAGAUUUCGGUUGGUGUUGCUGUGGGCAUAAUAGUGCUGCUAUUAAGUAUAGGCCUUCUAUAUUUCGGAUACAAGAAAAGGGAGCUCAUUAGGCUCAAAGAACAAUAUUUCAAGCAAAAUGGUGGCUUGCUUUUACAGCAACGAUUACAUGAACAUGACAGAACCACAAAAGAUGCAAAAAUCUUCGGCGCUGAAGAGCUAGAAAAGGCUACCGACAAUUAUGAUGAGAGCAAAAUAGUUGGCCAAGGAGGAUACGGUACCGUUUAUAAAGGGUUGUUGCCAAAUAACAUGGUAGUUGCGAUUAAGAAGUCCAAAGUUGUGGAUCAAGGCCAAAUCGAACAGUUCAUCAAUGAAGUCAUUGUGCUUUCUCAAAUUAAUCACCGUAAUGUGGUCAAACUUUUGGGAUGUUGUUUGGAAACAGAGGUGCCUUUAUUGGUGUAUGAGUUCAUCAACAAUGGAACCCUCUUCGACCACAUCCACAAUCCAAACAAAUCAUCAAAGCUAUCUUGGGAGAUUCGGUUGAGAAUUGCUUCGGAAACUGCUGGAGUCCUCUCGUACUUGCACUCCGCAGCUUCCACUCCUAUUAUUCAUCGAGAUGUGAAGUUGGCAAACAUCCUUUUGGAUGCUAGUUACACCGCGAAAGUCUCUGACUUUGGAGCUUCAAGAUUAGUCCCCCUUGAUCAAACACAAUUAUCGACUAUGGUUCAGGGGACCUUGGGAUACUUAGACCCCGAAUACUUUCACACUAGCCAAUUGACAGAAAAGAGUGAUGUUUAUAGUUUUGGGGUUGUGCUAGCUGAGUUAUUGACAGGGAAGAAGGCACUUUCUUUUGACCGACCAGAAGAAGAGCGGAGCUUGGCAACGUAUUUUCUUUCAUCAUUGAAAAAUGACAAAUUGCUUCAAAUUGUUGAGGAAGUUAUUGCAUAUGAAGGAAACAAUGAACAGGUGAGGGAAGUUGCCAAUCUUGCCAAGAGAUGCUUGGAAAUAAAAGGCGGGAGGCCGACCAUGAAGGAAGUAGCAAUGGAACUGGAGGGACUUAGAGCAAUGGCCAACCAUCCAUGGGUCAAUGGCAUCGAUGUGAACCCAGAAGAGACGAUUCAUUUAUUGGGAGAAAAGACUGAUGUGUACAUGGAUAGUGUUGCGAGCACGAGCACUGGGUGCACGUAUAGCAUUAAAAACCAUGUCAUGCCACUAGUUAGUAGUGGGAGAUGACAAUAAUAAGGUUAUCUAUAUAAGUUUAAGUAUGUUGUGACGGAUGUUAUGGUUGCAAUAGGUCUCCAUUGACUGCACUAGUCAUUCGGUUCUUUCAUGUUGAAACUAGUCCAUCAAACGAUUUCCAUGCGUGGAGGAGAACUCUUGAAAAUUCUAGCCUUACAAUAAAGUCAGUGUAGUGAUUCAAUAAGUGUUUCCGUCAAUGCAGGAUAAUUUGGCGUAAGAAAGCUUUGGAUCCAACUCGGUGAC